GACGGAUUACUUGCUGAAGUACAACACUACUUCCUGGUUCCUGUGGUACUUCCGUCAGAAGAUGGCGGAGUAUGUACAAGUAUUUCGAAGGGCUUUGCAGCAAAUAGGAGGUCACGGUGGCAUACGUGGGCUGUUAGUUCAGUUUUUUAGAGUAAAUGAUGUAAAAACUGGAGCUCUCGUUGGCGUCGACAAAUAUGGCAACCGUUAUUUCGAAGACAACCGUUACUUCUUUGGACGCCACCGGUGGGUUAUCUACACGACGGAAAUGAACGGGAAGAACACCUUCUGGGAGGUGGACGGUAGCAUGGUUCCGGCCGAAUGGCAUCGCUGGCUCCACUGUAUGACGGAUGACCCGCCCUCUACCCACCCCCCUGUGCCCCGGAAGUUCCUGGCAGAAAUCCACAGGUUCAACCAGAGUGGCUCAGACAAGCAGUAUGUCCCCUAUUCCACUACCAGGAAGAAGAUACACGAGUGGGUGCCCCCCAAAGUUGGGGGUGAGUGACCCUCCUCCCCCAUUUAACCUUGUGUCCAAAACUGUAAAUUAUGAUUCUCCUCUUCUGUAUGUGUUCUCCAGAACAUUUUGCUUCUAUUAAUAAAAAAAUAAAGCUUAAAAGUAA